AUGGCGAAUAAAGCGGUGCUCGAUCUGAAGCUUCUUCGGAGCUCUUCGCCUAGGGGUCAGGCAACUCACCUGCACCAUGUCCUCAAAAGCAAUCCAAGCGCGGCGUCUUCCAUCACAUCUCAGCUCGUCUCGCUCGUUGCAUCAGACUCUCUUCCGGCCAUUGUUCUCGCAUUAUGGCCCUCUAUCGUUAAUGAGCCUCAGGAAAUUCUGGCAGUGAUUCGACAGGAGCUCUGCCUCAAUGCUCAGCGAGCUGCCAUUUCGCGAUUCUACCGCCAUCUGUAUAGGGAAAAGACGUUUGCAAAGGCAUGGGAGGUCGCCGGCGGUGCGGCAGGAAUCGCUCAGCUGGUAACAAAGCUCAGCGUGAGCAGCGCGCGCUUCCUAUUCAACCAGCUUGGGGCCACUGGUCGUGCACGAGGCGCUCGCAAAGAACGCCAGAGGGCGAUGGAAGAGCUUCUGACUCUGCUCUGGGGAGUUGAUGGAGAUGAGAAGGCUGCGCUUGAUAGCCGUCCGUUGCGCGAAGAAUAUGUCAAGAUUCUUGCAGCUUGCGGUGGCGCUUUCAGAUUAAAGUGGGAGGAGAUGAAGCGGCAGACGCCCGAUCACUACUUCAUAGACGUUGAGACGGAUCACGAGUUCUUUGAGCAGCAUUACGACGAACAAUUGCAGCGCGGCGAAAUCUCUGCCUCGAAAUUCCUGGACGAAGUGACGCCUCUAGUCAUCCACCGCGUUGAGUAUGGCCUGGAUGUUCUGGACAGGUUCACAGAGAGUGAAUCAUUGUUUGGGGCCACUCCUGACGAGUUCCUUGAAGCAGUUGUUGAUCCACUGAGCAAGCGGUUUUCGGCGAAACAGAGAGUAGCCAGUGACACCGCGAUACGCUUCUGGAGCCGUGUUAUGCUGUGCCUGAAAAAGCACCAGGCGUUUCAAAAGGACUUUAAAAACUCGAGCACGCACCACAAACGGAUCCUUGCUCGUUUGGUCAAAGCGUGGAAUCACUCUCAGGCACGGGCAGAAUACACGGAGAUGCUGACUCUGCUGUUCUCCCUUAUCCCCAAAUCUACAUUUGCAGGAUAUUCGUUGAUAGAUCUCAUAAAGAACGUCGCGCAAACACGGAGAUACCAGCUUUUACGUUCGUUCUUGAAGCACACGGCCGAUUAUCAAUUUGAUAUUGGGGAGCCCACUAGCUUGGAGCACUUGGGGCUUGUGAAGUCAACGAUCCGCCGCUGGCAGGUCGGGCUUUUCUUUACCUUAUCAGCGGACGAGGGCUUUCUCCUAUGGGAGAAAGUCCAAAGGGCAGGAAAAGAUGUCGAAUACCGCCCAUAUCAAGCGUCGCUCUGUCAUAGCAGGGACCCAGACGGCCUUCAGCUGUCCGAUGGUCCCGUUGUUCGGGCACUUUUGUUGAACCGGAGCCAGACCCAUUCUCCUCUCUCAACCUCAGACUUGGAUACCAUGCGGUCUGAUCUUCGUCAAGAGGUUUCUAGGAGGAUGAAAAAGGCCACCCAAGGCCGUGAGCCCGAAAUAAGAGCGCGGUGGACAGUGUCUGCCCUGGCCCUGUGCGUCGCCAUUGGAGAUCUGGAGCUUUACGGGGAAACGCUUCGCUGGGCAAGGCGGUUUAACAAGGACCCAUUGGCGGUCAGCAUAAUCUACGAUCAAUCGUCCCUGGAUAAAGAAGAGCUAGCUGACCUUGUAACUGUCUUGCCCACCAAAGAAGGUAAAUUGACUGUCACUGCCGAAGAGCUUACCCACAGAAUUCAGUCUGCCAAUGAAGUCUUGCAGAUUCUCUUCGACACAGCCCUUAUGGGUAUCAACGAGCCUAGCUUUCGCGGCUGGCGGGAUUGGGGUAAUACGUUUCAAUUGAUCAAUCGGGCGAUUUGUAGACGCAUAACCCGUGCCAACGACUUUCAGGGCAGGACCAAUAUAUCAGAUGACGCGUUGUAUGAGGCACUGUGGAAGCCAACGUACGCCAUGCUGGAAAGGAUGUUGUCCAAAGUUCUUGGUGCGGUGGAUGAAAAGUUUGAUCACAAAGCCUAUUCUACCCUCUCAUGCCACGAAGCAAAAGAGCCCGAAACUCUGCAAGAGCCCACGAUUAGAUUUCUCAGUCGCUUGGCUGAGUAUUACAACUCUCUCUGGGCAGAGCUUCGCCUUCGGGAAACGCCUGCUGUGGUAACAGUUGACGAGAUCUGGCCCAAAGGACUAACACUUCAACACUUGGUCCGUAGCUUCGGGUCAGCUUUGCCAUACCUGCCAUAUGCGCAGUCACGAAUCGAGGCGGUUGUGUUUAUGAACCCUCUCAAAGCUUUACAGCCGAUCCAGAUUGACGAAGAAUCCCAGCUGGCCAUUGGAACAUAUAUAGACAGCUGGGCCGCGGCUCUUCAGCUGUACAUUCAGAUGCCGGGCAAGCUCUCCAAAGAGGACCAGCGUAAAGAGCGCAUCUCAAGGGCCUGGUUGCACGCUACCUCCAACCUGAGCAAAGACCGCAUGUCCCCUGAAGAGGCUGAGCGGUUUUGGUGGCCUGUGUUUGAGGGAAUUGGAAUUAAGAAGGAUGAAGUUGGGAUUGAUGAGAAGGCGAAUGAGCGACCUGAACCAUCUCUUCCUGACGCAGAUGAGGCGGACUUGCAGCCCAUCGAGUGGAAUCCCGAUCCUGAUUACGACCGAAUCUCGCAGCCUAACAAGAACAAGACACUGACACCGACAUGCUUAGAUGUCUUGCUAAGUCGGCCAAAGUACGCGUAUGAGCACCUAUUUAAAUUUACUAAGGUCGAGAAUUCCGUCUUUGGGGGAGUCAAAUGCGUCAUUCCUGGAAAGCCUCGUCCUUCAACUUUCUGGUAUUCACUCUUUAGGAAGAAUUCAAAACUCACUGGGGCGCGUGCGGAUGCUUAUGUGGCUGCGGGGAUCCUGGCUCUCAACAUGAAGCAUGGCUCUGACACCUCAUUGCUGAAGACGCCGUUCCCUAAUUCAGAAGCAGUGCGCAUUCCGGCUUUGUAUCUUGACCAAGAGUUUCUAGAGAGAGAAGUCGACAAGAACACGUCUGGAGUUACUGGCAUAAUCCGUGAUCUCAGAUAUUAUGUGCCGGCUGGCCUGCUCUCUCAGCUGGGAGCUUCAGUUCUUGAAAGCAUAAGAAAGAAGCCGGAAAUAGACAAACCGUAUGGUACUUUGGUAUGGAUAAUCAAUAUGAUCCUGGAAGGGGCUGAUCCCUCGUUGGCAAUCCCUCUGAUCCAGCAAUUUGUCUUGGAGAACCCGGAUGCAAGCUCAUGGCAUAGGCCGCUUCUUAACAAAAAGGCCCUUAUUCAUUUCCGCCCAGCUGAUGCGAAGAGCUUCUUUGAGAGCUUUACAGACGCCAUCCUGGAUAAGCUCCAAGAGCAGGAAGAGAGGCGUGCGAAAAAGCAGCCUGAUGAUGCACCUACAAACAAGGGACCGCUUGUCAAAGUCACCACUGUCAAAAUGCUGGCUCAGCUUCUGAGAGAAUCUCCUGUUGUCGACCCGGGUCUCUCGGUCGAUUUAAACAUUAGGAUCGUCAAGAGAGCAAGCCAUGUCGAUAUACGAACAGCUUCCAUCAGGGGACUAACGGAGGCAGUUGCACAAACUACCAAUCCUGAGGUGAAGAAGCGCAUUUUUGAUGCGCUGCUCAAGUACGCCGCGCCGAUUGCGUCUUCGAUCAAUGAAUCGCAGCCUUUGACGGACUGGAAUGCUUUAACAUCUGGCAAUGAGCUGCCUGAAAUAUGGAAACCUGGCUAUGAGACCCCCCCAAUCAUGGAGCUCAUUUUGCAGAUUGGUUCAAAGAUGGAUUGGCAGUCAGAAGAAGGCCGAUUGUAUAAGGAGCUCGUCGAGUCCGUGUUUAAGGCUUCGGCGGAGAACCAAAGGCAUUGGAUGAAGCUGUUCAUUCAACGGCAUAGUUUCAGUGUGCCUGAUGAUGCCCAGCUUCCCGCCAUCCCCAUGUUUCCAAAUGUGUUGAGCACUCUUCAUGAUGUGAUGGAAUCCGAGACUCCAAUCAAGUACAUUGAUUUGGCAAGGCAGUAUUUGCUGCUGAUGUUAAAUUUCCCAGACUGGUUGUCUGCUAUAAAGGAUGCUGUGGAAGCUGACCAGAAGCUGCUUCACUCUAGUUGGGGCAGACAUUGGUGCUAUCUAUGGUUCGAUGGUUUUCAUGGAGUGAAGACGAGGCUUUUUGGAACCAUUUGCCUAUAUCUCACCAACAAAGAAAUUAGCGACGAAAAAGCCCAGAAGAAGGAUUCUCAUCUGACACUUGAGUCGUUCCUCUUCGAGAUUGCGGAUGCCCUCAUUGUGCAAGGGAAAUUGACCAGCUUUGAUCAGUUCUUGAGCGACACAAAGGAUGUCAAUCGUGAUAAUGCCGUUUGGGGCCGGAUUUUGGAGCGAAUUAAUGGCCUUCGAACACCCGCGUGGCAAGCUGAUCUGAACCGAAAGCCACCAGGCCUCCCAGAUACGCUGCCGCUCAAGAUCAGGAUGCUGGAUUUGCCUCGAGAGACUCCAGAGCCGGAUAAGGCCCAAGAGGUUGUGACCAGAUGCGCAAAUAGAGUUAUAGAGCUCCUCAAUGACAUUGUGUCUAGCGGAGUUCCAUACUUCAGCAGCUUCGACACGCUCAAGAGAGAGUUGAUGAACUUUGAGCCCAAGGUCCUGAUGGCAAUCAAGAUUGGUUCGACGCCUGCACUUGACAACGCAAACAGCGUUACUUUGGUGGAUCAUCUCCGCGCGGAUCUGGCGGCGACCCUGUUGGAUAGCAGCUGUAUUUUCUGGCAGAGCAACCUCAACAAGCGUGAAGGAGAUAUAUACAAGCAGGCCGAGGAGCUGGUGAUGAAGAUGAGCGCCAGCAGCGUGGAGAAUUUCAGAAAGCUGGCGGCGCCGGGGAAGGCAAGCAUUGAGAAUACUACAGGUUUCGACAUGUGGUGUUGA